GUCGAAUAAAUGCGAGGAGGAGAAUAAGAUCAAAGGUGGUCCAAAAGCAUGGGAGGAUGAUAUAUUUAUUUAGGAGGCUUUUUUGUUAGCAACAGCAACUGCAUUCGAGGGAGAGAGAGAGAGAGGGGAGAGAUGGAAGGGGCGGGGUUGGCGAUGAAGCCGGUGAUCAAAGUCGCGGCUCUCUGUGGCUCCCUCCGCAGGGCUUCCUUCAACGGCGGUCUCAUCCGCUCCGCCAUCCAGCUGUGCGACGAGUCCAUCGAGGGGAUGAAGAUCGAGUACGUCGACAUCGCUCCCCUCCCCUUCCUAAACACCGACCUCGAGGUCGACGGCAAGUUCCCCGUGCCCGUGGAGGCCUUCCGGCGGAGGAUCCGCGGAGCUGACGCCUUCCUUUUUGCUUCCCCCGAGUAUAACUACUCCUUCACCGGUCCUUUGAAGAAUGCUAUUGACUGGGCAUCAAGAGCUCCAAAUGCAUGGGCGGACAAGCCUGCUGCUAUUGUAAGUGCUGGUGGAAAUUUUGGAGGAGGAAGAUCUCAGUACCAUCUACGUCAGGUUGGAGUUUUUCUGGAUCUUCAUUUCAUCAACAAACCAGAACUGUUUGUCCAUGCAUUCCAGCCUCCAUCAAAAUUUGACAGUGAUGGAAAUCUAAUUGAUCCUGAGAUUAGAGAACGGCUGAAGCAAGUGCUUCUGUCGCUCCAGGCCUUCACCCUUCGUCUUCAGAACAAAUGUUGAAUUUCCAGAUCACAGUCAUUGGUGAAUUGGAAGUGUUUUGUGUUUUUUGAUUGACAAUAUUUUGCGGUAAAACCUAUGAGUGUUCUUCUCGUGUUAUUCAGCAAGCUGUGCUUGGUGAUUUUUUUAUAGUAAUAAAAGAAACCUAUGAUUCCCUUA